GAGGAGUUGCCAGGUAUGCCUCGUGGCGACAUUGAGAUGGGGAGCUCUGCUUUCCACUGUUCCACCUGAGGGACAAGCUGGGCACGCUCAGGUGCGGCCAGGUGCUUACCUGCCCACGCGCCUGGCCAGGUGCUCACCUGCCCGCGCGCCCCGCCCACGCACCCUGCACCUGUUCACUCCCCCAGACCUUCAGUCAUUCUCAUGUGACAGCCCCACCCCGAGACUAGUCCAACUUUAGAAAACGCUUCACGAUUUGAAUUUUGUUUUACCACUACCUCCUAGUGUUAUCCAAAAAAACCCACUGAGACCAGAAUGAAUCUAAGGACCAUCAUCACGGUGGAGCCCGUAAUCUUUUUGUAUUUGGCAUCGACCUUUUUAAACGCUUUCGCUUUGCAGAGGCUCGUAUUGAUGAAGAUUUGUGAAGACCUAUAUAAUAAAGAAGAUAUGUGCAGAAAUCUGUCACUUCAUCCUGAAGAGUCACUCGUUACCCAGAGCAAAGCUGCCUAUGUUCUACUUCUCUACACAGCUGUGUUGACUAUUUUGUCCAUACCCCCAUCAAUUUUACUUGGUGCUUGGUCUGAUCAAGCAGGUCGCAAACUUGGCAUGAUAUUACCCAGUAUUGGUUCGUCACUUGGUGGGGCUGUAUUGAUAGUGAUGGUGCAGGUUAAGCAAAUGUCUGUCUAUUGGUGUGUUUUUGCCUCUGCAUUAAUAGGGAUCUUUGGAAAUUAUGUUGCCAUUUUCCUCAGUGUCUUCAGUUAUGUGGCUGACAUCACAACAGAUGGGAACCGUACUAUGCGUAUUGGCAUUGUACAAUCAAUGAUCUAUAUUGGGGGGACUGUUGGAUACCUGUUGAGUGGAUGGCUACUUCAGAAUUACACCUUUACACAUGUUUUUGGUGUAUAUUGUGGCUGUCAAGUGAUAUCUAUUUUUUACGUACUGCUGUGGUUGCGGGAGUCAAAUCCUGCUGAAAGGGUGCAAAUAGCUGUGACAGCUAAUGAUAGGGUCUUGAAAAAAAGUAUAUUUUUAUAUGCUUCAAGAACAUGGGAAACGUUUUCAAAGGCGCGUGGAGGACAAGACCGAUUGAAGCUUUACUUGAUUUUCCUCUGCGUCGUCUUGAUAUACGUCUGCAGUACUGGUGAACAGUCUAUUCUGAUUUUAUUUUUGACGUACCCACCGCAACACUUUUCAGUUGAACUUUAUGGAAUAUACAGUGCAAUUAAGAUGUUCCUUGCACAGGAUGACCAGAACUGGGCAUGGCAUUCGAGAAGAGGACUCGCCAACAUCCUGUACAACCUUAACAUGAUGUCCCAACUCCUCAACUCAAAGGGAGCUACUUUAAUUGGUCUCUUUCCAUUCAUGUUGCACUGCGUCAAAGAAAUGACAUUAGCCAAAGUGGGUGUGUUGGUGAGAUUAGCUUCCCUUGUGCUGCUGGGCUUUUCCACACAAGCCUGGAUGGUAUUUCUGAGUGCGGUAAUGAACAGUCUUUCUGGAUUCACUGGAGCUGUGCUUCAGUCUGUAGCAUCUAAUAUCGUAGAACGAAAUGAACAAGGUGCAAUGUUUUCUUGCAUGGCUUCUAUCGAAACAAUCUGUGUUAUAAUUGGGACAACUGUAUUUGAUGCACUCUAUCCCCAAACACUCACAUCGUUUCCUGGAUUUAGCUUCAUUGUGAUGGCUGGCUUCCAAGUGAUUCUAUUGAUUCUUGUACAGUGGAUCAGUGAAAUGAGGACCUCUGCCCUGGUCCUCCCACAUAGAUGCGAUGAUCAAGAAGACACAACAGUGCCUCUUCUUUCUCCGGAAGCUUAGGAAAUUCAACAUGUCCAUAAGGACCCUCACCAACUUUUACAGAUAGACCACAGAAAGCAUUCUUUCUGGGUGCUUCACUGAUUGGUAUGGCAACUGCUCUGGCUAAGACCAGACAAAACUACAGAAGGUUGUGAACACAUCCCGGAUCAUCACGAAAAUGAACCUCUCAUCCAUUGACUCCAUCUCCACUUUUUGUUGCAGCAGAGAGGCUGCCAAUAUCAUCUGGUAAUACUCUUUUCCAACCACUUCUGUCAGGCAGAAGAUAUAGAAGUUUGAACACGUCCCAACAGGUUCAACAACACCUUCUCCCAUGCUGUUAUUAGACUGUUAAAUGGAGCUCUGUACUUUCAAACCGAAUGUUGAUCUUGCAAUCGUGUACCUCCUGUGUUGAUGUAACUUUGUAUCCCCCACUUUGAGUGUUUAGACAAUGAACUGUAUGACCUUGUGUAUUAGCU